CGAUGGGCGUGCCCAGGGUUAAAUGACUGGCCUGCUGUUAGUGGGUGUGAUUGGACGACUCUGUAUUUCGGGUCCGGUUCCAGGUUUUUCAGCGGCCUCUGUCUGUGUCUGGCAGCAGCGCAGCCUGAAAGCAGUGGGAAACAGAAACACUAUGGCUGCCACUUUGUCUCUUACUCAGCUUUCCAGUGGAAAUCCCAUCUAUGACAAACAUUAUCGACAGGUGGAUCCCACUGGCAGCGGGCGGGUAGCGGCAGCUGAUGCGGCUCUGUUCUUGAAGCGGUCAGGGUUGGCUGACAUGGUCUUGGGCAAGAUCUGGGAUUUAGCUGACUCUGAAAGAAAAGGAGCGCUCAAUAAACAGCAAUUCUUCGUGGCGCUGCGGUUGGUGGCUUGUGCACAGAACGGCCUGGAGGUGGCGCUUAAAAGUCUUAAUGUGGCCGUUCCUCCCCCCAAAUUUCAUGACACAAAUAGCCCUUUGCUAGCAGGACAAGUGGCCGCUGACGCCCCCUGGGUUGUGAAGCCUGAAGAGAAAAUGAAGUUCGACAACAUCUUUGACAGUUUGGGUCCAGUAGGAGGGAUGCUGUCGGGGGAGAAAGUCAAACCUGUCCUGCUCAACUCCAAACUGCCGGUGGACAUCUUGGGCCGAGUGUGGGAGCUGAGUGAUCUGGACAGAGACGGCAUGUUGGACAAAGAUGAGUUUUCUGUGGCGAUGUACCUGGUGUAUAGAGCUCUAGAGGGCGAGCCCGUUCCCAUGUCCCUGCCGCCUCCCCUAGUUCCGCCCUCUAAGAGGAAAAAACCUGCCAUCCCUCCUGGGAUGCCCCUGCUGCCCUCACCUCCCUCCGUCAAAGACAGUCGCUCCUCCCACGUUGCCUCUAAGAGCGUUCCCCACCCUCCCAAACCCACUCCAGCUCCCGUCCCAGCUCCCGUCCCCACUCCAGCCGCUGUCCCUUGGGUGGUGUCUCCUGCGGACAAAGCCAAAUUCGAUGAGCUUUUCAACAAGACAGAUGGGGACAUGGACGGUUUGGUGUCUGGAGCAGAAGUGAGAGACAUUUUCCUCAAAACCGGGCUGCCUUCUGCCACACUUGCACGUAUUUGGGAGCUGUGUGACAUUGGAGACAUCGGGAAGCUGACCCGAGAACAGUUUGCUCUGGCACUUUAUCUGAUCAAUCUGAAGCUGACAAAAGGCCUGGAGCCACCGCAGUCUCUCACCCCAGAAAUGAUCCCUCCCUCCGACAGACUAAACAUGAAGCAGAACAACAUUGCUAACCUCGCAGCUGACUUCUCCGCCAUUAAGGAGCUGGACUCUCUCAGUAACGAGAUUGUUGAGCUACAACGAGAGAAGAGCUCUGUGGAAGAGGAGAUCAAGGAAAACGAGGAGGCCAUUCGACAACGCAGCAGCGAAGUGCAGGACCUUCAGGAUGAGGUGGCGAAGGAGAGCGAGGAGCUCCAGCGACUCCAGGCUCAGCGUCAGAAGGUCCAGGACGCUUUGGACGAGCUGGAUCAGCAGAAGAGCUCGCUGGAGGAGCAGCUCAGCCACAUCAGACAGCAAACUAGCCAAGAGACCAACCUUAUCUCGUCGUUGCAGUCGAAGCACGAGGAGCAGGAACACAGGAUAAGUCAGUACGAGGAGGAGCUCGUCCAGGCGCGAGAGGAGCUUCUGGCUCUGCAGGAGGAGAGCAGGAAACUGCAGGAGAAGGUUCAGGCUGCUCAGGAGCAACUCACGCCACUCCAUGAGUCCGUCCGUGACUCCUUUACACAAGUUUCGCAGGUUCAGCAGAAAGUCCAAGACCUUCAGGUGGAGGAGAGGUCCGUGACUGCACAGCUGAGCUGGAAGAGGGCUCUGGAGGACAGCUCUCCAGUCAUGGUGAAUGGCUCACCAGGCUCCACAGCAGAACCGGACCUCUUCCACGAGGACCAGCCGAAGAAGCUGAAGGAGGAGGAGCCAGCUGCUGCCUGCAGUCAGCAGAAAAAACACUCAGACAAGAAGGAGAAAGAAGGAGAAGAGAAGAAAGAAGAAGAGAAUCCAAAGACUGUGGAGGAAGAAAAGCUGAAACCCGAUGCCCUGGAUCAUCUCUACAAUAGUUUUGCUUCCUGCGAUUUGUACAACUGUCUGUCUAAGCCACAAGAGGGCGCUGUUGGGCAGGGAAACGGCAGCUUUGCACCUGAUGGUUCUUCAGAGAUCAACGACGAAGAUGAUGAUGAUUCACCUAAAGGCAGCCCGCUAAAGGUGGAGUCCCCAGAGCCAGAGAGCAAACCAGAGCCAGCAGACUUGACAGAACCUGCCAUCCCCUCGUUGCCUCCUCAGGUUGGACCUCGCUCCAUGCCACCACAAACGAGCCCCCCCUCCCUGCCUGAGAUGAACUUCUUUCAUUCAGACCCUUUUACAGAUCAUGAUCCAUUUAAAGACGAUCCUUUUGGUAAAGCAGAUGUUGCAGAUCCUUUUGGAGGAGAUCCGUUCAAAGGCUCGGACCCGUUUGCUGCAGAUUCCUUUUUUGCACAGACUUCCAACGCCGCCUUUUCCUCAGAGGACCCUUUCUCCGCUUCAGCUGACCCAUUUGGUACCACCCCCGGUGUUCCAGAACCAGACCUGUUUGCAGCCAAGCUAAAUGAUAUGGCUCCAACACCAUCCGCACCAGCAGCAGAAGUCCAGGAUCCGUUUGUUUCCAAAAGCAUGAAUCCAACUCCAGCAUCCAAGGAUCCAUUCAGCUCGACGGGAACCAGAAAGGUGGAUCGGGACCCAUUUGGAGGCAAAAUCAACCCCUCAGGGGAGACGGAUCCGUUUAGUUCACGGGAUGGAGGAACAGAUCCUUUCAACUGUUCUGUGAGUUCUGAUGUUGCUCUGGACCCUGCACCAUCAAAUGACCCGUUUGCCCCUGGAGGUACAACAGUGAACGCCACCUCAGAUGCAGAUCCGUUUGCUGCGGUGUUUGGUAACGAUUCGUUCGUCGGAGGCUUUGCAGAUUUCAGCGAUCUGUCCAAGUCAAACGGUCCUGACCAGUUUGGGAUCAACAACAAGAACCUGUUUCAGGAGGACAGCCAGUCUCCCACCUCGGACAUUCCUCCGGCCCUGCCCCCUAAAACGGGUACUCCAACGAGACCCCCCCCUCCACCUCCAGGUAAGAGGUCGUCCAUCUCUAGGACCGAGUCCUCUGAGUCCUUCCAACGAAGGGGAAACUUCAUCCCACAAACCUCAGGAGACUUCUCCUCUUCCUCCUCCUCCUCCUCCUCCCUGCCUGUCAAGGAUCCUUUAGCUGACCCCUUCGCCCCCUCCUCCCCUCCUCGGCACAACCUGCGGGAAGCUGAUCGGUUUGCCAGCUUUGACAAAUAUCCAACCGAGGAAGACAUGAUAGAGUGGGCAAAGCGCGAGAGCGAGCGAGAGGAAAAGGAGCGACUUGCAAGGCUCACCCAGCAGGAGCAAGAGGACCUGGAGCUCGCCAUCGCUCUCAGCAAGUCAGAACUCUCCUGAGGAGGCUCUCCUCCUCGGCUCGGGGGGGUCUGGCACGGCACAGCCCGGCCCAACCCAGAGAGCACCAAAGCAAGGUGGAGACUGCACAGGACUGAUGCAGCAGCACUAGCUGCUCCCCCUCCGCCUCCCCCUGACUGCUCACUGUUCACUGGCAUUACGGAGCGCUGUUUUUCCAUCCUGUUGGCCUCUGCAGGUUUGGCUGAAGGACAACAUCCCAGUAUGGAGGAGUAGAUUGUUCCAGUCAGAGAAAAUGAAUCCUAAGGUUUUUAAAACAUGACUGCAAAUGUUACGUUCAGAAUGUGAUUUACUAAAACAUGCAAGCGAGACAGAAUUUCCCUAGAAAGAAAACUCACUACAUUUUAUUAUUCACACCUCAGCUCUGAGGAUUUAACCAGAUUUUAGCUGGCAUGCUGAGUUUAUCGAACCCAGAUGUGCCCAAACUUUCCUUCUGCUCAUCUGUAACCAUAGAAACAAGGGCACUUUCCUGCCUUCUAAUGCUACAUUUAAACAUCAUUAUUAGAACGCACUUCAUUUGAAAUUCAGUGUUGCAGUGAAGAGCAGAUGGGGAUUUUCUUUCUCCCAUCAGGGCAGCAAAUCGGGAUUUCUAAAACAAGUCCGACCAUCACACUCCGCUUCUACGUUAUUCAGUGUCUUUGAAUUCUCAGUGCUAGCUUACCUCACCUAGCAUUUGAUCUACCAUUGUUCAAGGUGUUGAAGAAAUCUACACUCGUAUUUUAAAUGGCAUUAAACACUUAAGAUACACCACAACAGAAAAAUCUAAUUUGAAACAAAGUUUGGAGUUUUCUAUUUGAUUCCUCCAAUGUUUUCAACAUUUCAGUUAAAUAUCUGAAAAAUUUUAUAAAUGCGGCAAUUUAAAAAGUAUAAAUUCAAAAUUUUCAGCCACGGUCUCUUGGGUUAGCCUCCCUAAAAGCAGAUUUUUGCCUAAGAUCCUUUCUAUUUCUCUUAUUUUAGCUCUAAUAUGAGAGAUCAUUCAUUCUUAUGUAACACUGCAAUUGUCACUUUAGCACGUGACAUUUGAAGCUGUGCCACAGUUGGUGCUUUUUAUGUUGACGUUAGCUCUAGUGCUAACUUUAUAUGUCCUGAAGGAUUUUUUUUUAAAACUAGACAUUUCAUAUUUGGCAGAAUUGAUCAAUUUCAGAGUCCUGUUGAAGUCCAGCGAACAAUGUCUUGUGUUUUCUACCUGAGAGCAGAAAGCCCAUCUUUCAAAGUGUCCCACUACCGUUUAAACAUACACUGUAGCAGGUUAGAUGGAGACGUUUCACUUCUCCCACGGGUGUUAUUUAACUCUGAUGCUAGGAGGUUUCUGAUGAGGGAAAAGGCAGCUGAAGCCUUUGUUUUCAUGUCACUCGUCUGACCAAACAUAGCAGCAUAAAGGAUGGCACUUAUGAUUUUAGCUCAUGUUUUUAUCCACAUGUCUUCCUUUCAUGUUAAACCAACUUACUGUCUAGUUAAUGCAGCACUUUCUACUAAAUGCAGUGUCUUGUUGAAGUUUAUUGUAAAUUGGAGAGAUUUGCAUGUGUGUUCUCUGACUGGUGUUAUGCCAGAGUUUCUCACUUUCAAAUGCCACUAUAACAUUUGUACAGACAAACCCAGAACCACUUAUGCUUGUGGGCUUACUCAUUAAGUCUUCUUAAACUCAAGCUAAGUGUAUUUUAUUUUGUAUUUUCUAACUUGUAAGUAAAACCAUUAUUGGGAGAUUUUGCCAGACUAUGUAAUGCAUUUAACGAAAACUAAAUAAAUACAGAAAAGAAAUCA